AUGAUUACUCGACUAGCUUCAGGGCCGCACACAUGCCUAAGAUGUCAACGACGUCUCAUAAAGAACCAUGUAGCUUCACAACUUCAGAUCGCUUUCAACUCGACAGAUCACAGCCCGAAACCAGGUCCAGGCCUAGAGGAUCCGGACAGCAGCGCCUCGAAAAGGAAGAAACCCCCUCCUGAAAUCCGGCGAACCUUAUUUCCGGCUUCAGAGUAUUUACAUCCCGAAAGACCUGGUGUUGUUUCGACUCAGUAUCGUGUUGUCCAGGAAGAAUUAGGUAAAUUUUACGGCUUCCGUGGGUACAAACUCGUCAAGGAACGGGAGUUGUUGGAGGCUAAUAGGUUCGGGCAUCGGGCGGAAAUUAUUGUUCUUCGAGAAUCUAAAAUCUCCAAAUACGACUUUACCUCCCCGAAAUUCGCCUACGAAGAAGGAGAAGAAAAUCCCGAGAAGGUCAAUAUACUAGCAAGACUAGACAAUGAAAGAGGCCUGGUUAGCCAGGACGAGGUCGAGGCGAAUAUAAAUUCAUUCAGACCGAGGAAUGAUGAAGGGCCCAACAAUUGGGAUGAAUUCAACGACCUUGUGCGACGUUUGCAAGAAGCAUUUACCACCUCCCAGCUCCAGAACUACAUCGACCAUUUUGAGGAGCAACAAACAUCAGGGUUGGCGACGGAAUCUCGGACAAGCAUACCCUCAGCAAAUGAUAAUACUUUGAUUCUGCAGCGGAGUCCUUGGGUGCCGGAAUAUGCAGACUUCAGUGGUUCGUCUAAGGAUGCUUCUCUUCGGGGUUAUGCCUUGGCCUCACACACGAGCAAGCAGCGAGUUGUUGUUCGGCUGCUGCGAGAGUGUUGGGAGUUGGAACUACAAGAACUGGUUGAGUCAAUCGGACAAACAGAGAUUCUACUACGUCCUGGGGACCUAGACCUCCUCUCGCAGGGUUCCAUGUUAGAUUUGAUCAAGAAAUCGAUUCUAGCCGGAAAAGGCGAGAAACUUGAGGCUUUCCAUUUACAUGGAAUAAUUAGAAUCACAGCAACAGAGAAGACGAGCGACCGGAUCAUACGCGAAAUCGAACGAGUGUUGAAAAAUAUCAAGAGAAUACAAUUCUCGCUAGUAGACUUAAUGCCUCCACCUAUUGUAGGCAAGUCAAUGAAGGCCCCGCGGGUUAGAAGAAGACUAGAUCCAACAUUUGACGAUACAACCCUCGCUGAGCUUGGCCGCAUCACCAAUACACACGUCACAAGACUGCCGAGAACUUGGUCACAUGGGAGGACAGACUUCCCUGUCUCUAUAUCUUGUCUCACCACCCCGAACGAUACGUGGCUUUCAAACCAAGCUAAUAUUGCCCAACGGCUCCUGGUCACUUCUGAUGAUUUCUCGAACAGGAAUAAGUACCAAUUAGCAUGCAAGAGGAUGCCGGAAGGGGAAACUGGUACUUUUGUCAAAUACGGCUCCACAGAAAGUCUACACUGGCGUGAGAGACUCUGUGAGUGGACGAGAUGGACGGUGCCUAUUCACAGACAACCAACCCCCCGCGCUUCAGAUCAAGCUCAUGAUCAACUCAACGGGGCCAUCGGCAGUGCCGAUAUCCCUUCCGAGAAGCAGGGAAUGCCCUCUCUUAGUUCGGCCUCGCAAGUUGACUCCAACACCGCAAUGAAACCGUCCUUUGAGACAGAGAAGGGGCUCGACACCGGUAAAUAUUGGAGUGAUACAUAUAAAAUCGAAUCGUCGGCUAUCUUUGGGAGUGUCCUCCAUUGCCACCGGGGUUCUACUCCCGAAGCUGGGCCAGAAACAACAUGGGGCACGAACAAUGCUAUCCACACGUUCAGCCCAGCAUUACCAACCGUCUCUCCUAUUCUGCAACAAACUCAAUUGCCGCAUUAUCUUCGUACGGAAUCUCUGACUCUGCGCUUUCAACCAAACCCGUUUUAUGUGGAUCCUCAAACCAACAACGCCGUAGGCGCUGUUGCAUUUUCUGCUUUUCCUCCCCUCGAAAUGCAUUUCGACGUAUCAUCAGAUGAUAGACGGUUGAAACUGAGGGCUGUUGAUGCUGUCAUCGCAGAAUCCAAGACCGAUCUCAUGCUUCCGGACUAUGCAGUUGAUGUCCGUUUCCACCAAAAGACGACUAGUCGGCUACGGAGCUGUUGGCUUGAUUUGCCUGAAAUAAAGGAAUUCUUGAAAUGCAGUAACCUAACUAAGAAAAGUCGAAGAAUAGACUUACCUCCCACGUUGAACAUGCGAAUCGCAAAUCACUUGUGUAAAGACCCGGAGCUUAAAAUUUUAGGCAGAGACACAAAUUCGGAAAUGCAGGAAGUGCAGUACUUGUUGGUUGGCCGCGAGACCAGAAGCACAUUGGAAUUGGCAUUUCAGGACUGGAAGCUACAAUAUACCAGCAUUGACCAAGGAAACGCGGAGGGGAAACGCAGCGAGCUCAAACUACGGCCUAUCAAGACCGAGGCUGGCGGUACGCAGGAGGAGUAUCUAGAGACUGUUUUAACUCUGGCAGACGCUUUUGGGACAGAUUCGAUGUUUUCGACUCGGAGAGUGCUUAAGAAGGAUGACCCGACGAGAAUGUCGGUUGUUACCAGCGAGGGAAAUGGCAAACCCGCGGGGAUGCUUUUCACCGAUUUUGCGAAGGAGAACCAGUUUCAAGAUGAUACGGAAAAUACCAAUGAGCCGAUUAAUGAUGUUAGACAAUCGGACCAUUCCUAG